AUGCAAGCUUCCAUAUUCUCAUUCCACGCUUCACCCCCAACACUGCCCAUUAGCACCUCUUCCUUUUCCUUGAAAAUCCAUCAACCAAAUACUCUAUUUUUGACCUCCACCAUUAGCAAGAGAGCACUCCCUCCCUUAUCAACUCACACGCUAUCAAGAAAACUGCUCUGCAAACCCCCUUCUGGGAAAUAUGUCAGAGAAGACUAUCUUGUGAAAAAGUUGUCUGCACAAGAAGUGCAAGACCUGGUGAAGGGAGAGAGAAAUGUACCAUUGAUAAUUGAUUUCUACGCGACAUGGUGUGGUCCCUGUAUUUUGAUGGCUCAAGAACUUGAAAUGCUUGCUGUUGAAUAUGAAACCAAUGCACUAAUAGUGAAGGUUGACACAGAUGAUGAAUACGAAUUUGCGCGUGACAUGCAGGUUCGAGGACUACCAACAUUGUACUUUAUUAGUCCGGAUCCAAAUAAAGAUGCGAUUAGAACAGAAGGCCUCAUCCCAAUACAGAUGAUGCGAGACAUAAUCAACAACGAAAUGUGA